GAAAAAACAGAAGGAGGAGGAGGAGGAGGCGGCAGCAGAGCACCUUGCCUACCUCAGGACGCACAGAGCCACACUUGCAGUCCCUGAAGGGAGCCAAAGAUUCGCCUGCGUGUGCCAGGAGGGGAAGCCCAGAGCAGCCAAGCAACCAAAAUGGAGGCAAGGAAGUCAGCGGCACAGGGGCAAGCAGGCUCAGCAGCCAUGCCAGGGGGCUGUGUCUCCUUCAGUAGCACCACAUCAGCAGCAGCAAAGGCAGACACAUGCAUCAGAAGCAUCGCAGGGGUCUACGUGGAGGCCUCCUCCGGCAAGGCCAUGAGCUUUCAUGAAGCCGUCCAGGAGCACCUGGUCCAGCCUGGCCUUGCAUUGGCUCUCUUGGAGGCACAGGCAGCAACAGGCGGCAUUGUUGACCUUGUGGGAAGGCGGCUGGUCUCUGUGGCGGAGGCCCUGGCGAUGGGGCUGGUUGGGCUGGAGGCGAGGGAGAAGCUUCUGUGUGCAGAGCGAGCGGUGGCGGGCUUCACAGACCCUUAUACAGAGGAGAAGAUCUCACUCUACCAAGCCAUUCAAAAAGAGCUGAUUGGAAGGGAACAGGGCUUGUAUCUGCUGGAUGCCCAGAUAGCCACCGGAGGCAUCAUUCAGCCAGUCACUGGCCACUGUGUCCCUCUGCAAGAAGCCUAUGAACAUGGCUACCUGGAUGAGGAGCUGAGUCACUUCCUCUCUGAUCCUGAGAAUGAGGAGGCCAAGGGCUUCUUGGACCCAAACAACAACCAGAAGGUCACCUACAUGGAGCUGAUGAGAAGGUGCAUUGCAGACCCAGCCACAGGCCUGGUCUUGCUGCCCCUGAAAAUCUCCUUCCCUGGACUGAGAGGGGCUGUGUGCAGCAAUGAGCUUCUGGACUCUGGAAUCAUUGACUCAGCCACAUUCAAAGCCCUCCAUAAUGGGGAGAUCACACCACAGGAAGUGGCAGAGAGGGACUCGGUGCAGCAGUACCUGUCAGUGACAAACAGUAUUGCCGGUGUGGCCCUCCUGCAAACUAAUGAGUGUAAGAGCCUUUACCAGGCUUUAACAGAACACCUCCUAAUGCCAGGCACAGCUGUGAUCCUCCUGCAAGCUCAGGCUGCUACAGGAGGCUUGAUAGACCCUGUAAAGAACGAGAGGUUCACCGUUGAUGAGGCUGUUCGGGCAGGAGUUGUUGGGCCAGACCUCCAUGAGAAACUGUCUUCAGCUGAGAGAGCCGUCACAGGGUACAAAGACCCCUACACCGGAGAGACUCUCUCUCUUUUUCAAGCCAUGGAGAAGGGUCUUGUGCCCAGAGACCCUGGCAUUUUCCUGCUGGAGGCCCAGGUUGCCACUGGUGGCAUCAUCGACCCACACGUUCAUCACCGGCUCCCUGGAGAGGUAGCCUGUCAGCGGUGCCAUUUAGACAAAGACACGCAGAGCCUCUUCUGCAAUCCCACGGCUGAGAUCCGUGGGUUCUUUGAGCCCAACUCAAAGGAAAACCUCUCCUAUGCAGAAUUGCUAUUGAGAUGCGUCACUGACCCAGAGACAGGGCUCUGCCUGUUGCCCCUUUCGGGAGGCCGUGGCAGGCAGCAUUCCUUCAUUGACCACGGCACGCAGUCUGCUCUGAAAAACACAGUUGUGUCUGUGGCCAGUGGAAAAUUCAAGGGGAAGUCCGUGUCACUCUGGAAGCUUCUCUUCUCAGACUACGUUACGAGAGAGCAGAGGAGAGCCCUCGCCCAGCAGUUCUGUUCUGGGGGCCUUUCCACUCAGGAACUGGCUGACAAAGUCUGUCACACCGUGGAGCAAGCUGUGGCCAAUUCUAGAGUCACCUUUGAGGGUUUGAGGGACAAGGUGACCCCUGCCCAGCUCUUGAGCUCUGACAUCAUCAACAAAGAUUUGUUUGAGAAGUUAACUCAAGGGGAGACCUUGGUCAAAGAUGUUGUUAGCAUGGGCACAGUGAAGAAGUAUUUGCAAGGGACUGGCAGCAUCAGCGGGCUGCUCCUGCCUGACUCCCAGGAGAAAAUCAGCAUCUACCAGGCAAAGAGGAAAGGCUUUCUGCGGCCAGGGACAUCCCUCAUCCUCCUGGAGGCUCAGGCUGCCACAGGAUACGUCAUUGACCCUGCAGCCAACAAGAAAUACUCAGUGGACGAGGCCCUGCGUGCCAACGUAAUUGGCCCAGAUGUUUACGACAAGCUUCUGGCUGCUGAGAGAGCCGUCACUGGCUACAGGGAUCCUUAUACAGGGAACAAGAUCUCCCUCUUCCAGGCCAUGAUGAAGGAUCUUAUCGUCAAGGACCAUGCAAUCCGCCUGCUGGAGGCCCAGAUUGCCACUGGAGGCAUCAUCGAUCCUGUCAACAGCCACCGCCUGCCUGUGGAAGCUGCCUACAAACGGGGCUACUUUGACAAGAAGAUGAACCUGAUCCUCUCGGACCCCAGCGAUGACACCAAGGGUUUCUUUGACCCAAACACCCAAGAGAACCUGACCUACCUGCAGCUGAAGGAGAAGUGUAUCACAGAGCCUUCUACAAGCCUCUGCCUUCUGCCACUGAACAGCAGGAAGCGGCAGUUCAUUGACAACACCACCAAGCAAUCAUUUAGGAACUCCUGGAUCUUUGUAAAAUAUGGGCGCUUCCAAGGGCAAAAGGUCUCCAUGUGGGACCUGCUGAACUCUGAGUAUUUCAGUGAGGGUAAGAGGCGAGAAAUAUUCAACCACUACUCCCUACAGAAGGUCACCCUAGAGAAAAUCCAGCUCAUGUUAGAGGAGGAGAUGAAGAAAUGGGCCCGCAUCAAAUUCCCAGCCAUACGGGGUAACGUUACUGCCUAUCACCUGAUGGAAAUGGGCAUAAUUGACAGGGCCCUCUUUGAAAGGCUGCUGGAGGGAGCUGUUAGCCCAGAGGAGGUUUUGCACAUGGACUCAGUCAGAAAAUACCUCUAUGGCACUGGCAGCAUUGGGGGGAUUGUACUGCAGCCCUCCAAUGAAAGAGUGAGUCUCUAUGAAGCAAUGAAGAGGAAUAUUGUGUUGCCGGGGGUGGCACUGCCAUUGCUUGAAGCACAGGCCGCCACUGGCUUCAUCAUUGAUCCAGUGAACAAUCAGAAGCUCUGUCUGGAUGAUGCUGUGAGGGAAGGCCUUGUUGGUCCUGAGCUCUAUGAAAAGCUCCAACGUGCAGAAGAAGCUGUCACUGGCUACAAGGAUCCUUUCACGGGCAAGAAGAUCUCCCUCUUCCAAGCCAUGAAGAAGGGCCUUGUGGCUGACAAACAGGCCAUACAGCUUAUGGAUGCCCAGUUGUCCACGGGGGGCGUCAUUGAUCCCCACAGUGGCCACUAUGUCCCAGUAGAAUUUGCCCAGAAAAAGGGUUACUUGGAUGAGGACCUUAGCAAAACGCUUUCCAACCCAAGCAGUGAUGCCAAAACUUUCAGCACUCUUGACAGAAAAGAGAAUGUGACCUAUGGCCAGCUGAUAGAUCGGUGCCAGAAGGAUGCGGCCUCUGGCGUUCACCUAUUGCCUCUGCCGCAAACAGCUUCUCCUGUCUAUACAGAUGAACAGAUCAAGCAGCUCUUCAGGGAGACCCUUGUGGAGGGCAAAGGGGUUUCCCUCUGGGAGCUCCUUAACUCUGGCUACUUCACUGAAGAGCAGAGAGGAGAAUUCCUUGAGAAGUAUCGGUCUCAGGCAAUAUUGCUUCACCAACUGGUCACCCUUGUCUGGGAACUCAUUAAUGAAAUGGACAUGAAGGCUCGAAGCCAGGUCACUUUCCAAGGCCUGAGAGGUGCCAUCCCUGCAGUCUGGCUUCUGGAUACUGGCAUAAUUUCAGAGAAGACAUUUGCAGAGCUGGCUCAGGGCAGAAGGACAGCUGGAGAAGUGGCUGAGAUGGAGAGUGUGAAGAAAUACUUGCAGGGCACUGGUGGCAUUGCUGGAGUCUUCAUUCAGGCCUCCAAUGAGAAAAUGGGCAUUUACCAAGCAAUGCAGAAGAGCUUCCUUCUGCCAGGCACAGGGGCAAGGCUUCUGGAAGCACAGGCAGCUACAGGAUCCAUCACAGACCCAGUGACUAACCAGAGGUUUGGAGCAGAAGAAGCCAUCAAAGCUGGCAUUGUAGGUGAAGAACUUACGGAGCAGUUGCUGCAGGCUGAGAGAGCUCUGACAGGCUAUGUUGACCCCUACUCAGGAAAGCCAAUCUCAGUGUGCCAGGCAAUCAGGAAGGAGCUCAUCUCUGCCACUGCUGGCAUCCCCUUGCUUGAAGCACAACUAGCCACUGGAGGGGUCAUUGACCCCAUCCACCACCACCACCUUCCUCUUCAUGCUGCCUACAAGCAUGGGUUCUAUGAUGAAGAAAUGCACAAGAUCCUUUCUCAGCAUAGCGAUGACUCCUGUGCCUACUUUGACCCUAACACACAAGAAAAUCUAACCUACGAGUGUCUGAAGGAAAGGUGCAUCCCAGAUGCCGAGACUGGACUCUUGCUGCUCCCUCUCUCAGAAGAUGCCACUUUCUACGGGGACAGACAAACCAUGGAGGUGCUGAAAUCUGUCACUGUCCGUGUCAAAACUGGGAGGUUUAAAGGUCAGGAGGUUUCUCUCUGGGACUUACUCAACUCUGAGUACAUCACCAAUUGCAAGCGGAGAGAGCUGGUGACAAUGUACAAAGAGGAGAAUUCUGAGGUACUUCAAGAAAUUAUAAUGGCUGUCUCCAAGAGCAUUGAAGAGACUGAGCAGCAAGGCAAGAGAUUCACCUUCAAGGGCCUGCGCAAACAGGUGUCUGCCAGUGACCUUUUCCAGUCAGAGCUCAUAGACAAGGGAACGCUGGAUGAACUGAGAGAGGGGAAAAAAACUGUACGGGAAGUCACCGAGAUGGAAUCAGUCAGGCAAUAUCUUGAAGGCGGUAACUUUAUUGCUGGAGUCCUUAUACAGCCAAGCCAGGAAAGGAUGAGUGUCUACCAGGCAAUGAGGCAGGGUCUCCUCCGGCCAGGGGCAGCUCUGGUGCUGCUGGAAGCUCAGGCUGCCACAGGGUUCCUGAUUGACCCAGUGAAAAACAAGAAGAUGUCAGUAACUGAAGCAAUGACAGGAGGGCUGAUCGGGAGAGACAUUUAUGAGAAGUUGCUCAGUGCCGAAAAAGCUGUGACAGGAUACACCCACCCCUACACAAAAGAGCAGAUCUCUCUCUUUGAGGCCAUGAACCAAGGGCUCAUUGUGAAAAGCCAUGGCAUCCGCCUGCUCGAGGCCCAAAUAGCCACUGGGGGCAUCAUUGACCCGGUUCACAGCCACCGCAUCCCCGUAGAGGUAGCUUACAAACGGGGUUACUUUGAUGAAAACCUGAACCAAAUCCUUCUGGACCCCACAGAUGAUACCAAAGGCUUUUUUGACCCCAACACACAUGAGAAUCUCACUUACCUCCAGCUUCUAGAACGAUGCAUCCAAGACCCAGAGACGGGACUGUAUAUGCUGCAAAUAGUCAAAAGGGGUGGAAGGUACUUCUACAUUGAUGAGGCAACAAAACAGUUCCUGCAAGCGCAACCAAUGCAGAUGCACGUUGGCAGGUACAAAGGCCAAGCGGUCUCCAUGUGGGACCUCCUGUGCUCCCCAUACAUCCGAGAACAGAGAAGGAAAGACCUGGUGAGCCAGUUCAAGAGUGAGAGUUUGACACUGCAGCAACUCAGCAAAGCCAUCAGCACUGUUAUUGAGGAAACGGAGCAGAACACCCAGGUGCUCAAGCUGAAGGGACUGAGGGGGGAGGUAUCAGCUGCAGACCUGUUCAACUCAGAGAUAAUUGACAAGAAGACACUAGAUGGGCUUCAUCAAGGGUCAUGUGCACUUCAUCAGCUUGCCCAGAAGGAUUCUGUGAAGCGAUACCUGGAGGGAACAGGCUGCAUCGCUGGAGUCUUAGCCAAAGGGCAGAAGAUGACCAUCUAUGAAGCCAUGAAGAAAGGGCUUCUCUCUCCAGAACAUGGCCUGAUAUUGCUGGAAGCACAGGCUGCUACUGGAUUCAUCACUGACCCACUGAAGAAGAAAACAUUCUCUGUUGACCAGGCCAUCUCUGCGAGGCUCGUAGGUGAAGACGUUCACGAGAAACUUCUCUUUGCAGAGAAAGCCGUUACUGGAUACACUGAUCCUUCCACAGGGAACAAAAUAUCUCUCUUCCAAGCCAUGAAAAAAAACACAGUAGAUAAAGCACUUGCACUCAGACUGCUGGAGGCCCAGGUUGCCACUGGUGGCAUCAUUGAUCCUGUAUAUGGUCACCGCAUCCCCGUGGAGGUGGCUUACAAACGGGGCUAUUUGGAUGAUGACACUUUCCUCCUGCUUUCUGAUCCAGAAUAUGCUACCAAAGGAUUUGUGGAUCCCAACACUCAGGAAAGGAUCACAUAUGCUCAACUCCUGUACAGGUGCAUCAAAGACAAAGAGGCAGGGAUGUACCUCCUACAGUUGCUAGACAAGAGGGAAUAUUUCUAUGUAGAUGAGAUAACAAAAAAUAUCUUUUCAUCCACCAAAGUAAAUGUAAUGAUUGGGAAAUUCAAAGGUCAGACUGUCUCUCUGUGGGACCUUCUUUCUUCAGACUACAUUGAUGAAGAAAAGAGGAAUGAGCUGAUUAAAAAAUACAAACAGGAAUCCUCUGCUGUUUUGCAACACAUCACUAAUGAAAUUCUGAACAUAAUAAAAGAAAAAGAAGAAAACAGAAGAGAUAUAUGGUUCAAAGGGCUACGGAAACAAGUCACAGCUUCAGAACUACUGAAAGCAGAUAUAAUCGGUAAAGACACAAUGAAGAAUCUGGAGGAAGGAAAAGAGACAGCACAAGACGUUGCAAAGAUGGAUACCGUGAAGCGAUACCUGGAAGGCACAAGCUGCAUUGCUGGGGUGCUCGGGCCCUCCAAGUCAGACCCUUCCAAGAUGGAGAAGAUGACCAUCUACCAGGCGUUGUGGAAGGGCAUUUUGAGGCCAGGAACUGCCCUGGUGCUGUUAGAAGCACAGGCUGCCACUGGGUUCAUCAUUGACCCACUGAAGAAUGAGAAACUCUCUGUCAAUGAAGCUGUCUCUGCCAGUCUGGUGGGAGGAGACAUACACAACAAGCUCCUUUCUGCAGAGAAAGCUGUCACUGGAUACACUGACCCAAACACAGGGAAAAAAAUCUCUCUUUUUCAGGCCAUGAAGAAAGGCCUGAUAAUCAAAGAGCAAGGCAUCCGCUUGCUAGAAGCCCAGAUUGCUACUGGAGGCAUAAUUGAUCCAGUCAACAGUCAUCAUGUCCCCGUUGAGGUAGCUUACAAGCGGGGCUACUUUGAUGAGGAAAUGAAUCGGAUUCUUUCAGAUCCCACAGAUGACACUAAGGGCUUCUUUGAUCCCAACACCCACGAGAACCUCACGUACAUGCAGCUGCUCAAGAGAUGUGUUCAUGACCCAGAAACUGGACUAAUGAUGCUUCAAGUACAAGACCAGGGCUUAAAUAUAUUCCGUUUAGACGACAACACAAGGAAGACUUUGAAGUCUACGACAACAAGAGUGAAUGUGGGGCAUUUCCGAGGACAGAUGGUUUCCCUCUGGGACCUCCUCUUCUCUAGAUACAUUGCUGAAAAUAAAAGGCAAGAGAUAAUAAGACAGUACCAAGCUGGAAAAAUAACAGUUCAAGAAAUGAUCACCAUACUAGCAACAACCAUCAAAGAGAUAGAGAACCAGAGCAUCAACCAAAAAGGAAAACUGACAGAUCUCAGCAAAGACAAUGAAACAGUGAAUAGGGGAGAUAAUAUUGGGCAGGGGGAAGAAGACUGCAAACAAAGAAUGAAAACAGCAAAAGUAACUGAAGAGCAAGGAAAGGCUGAAAGUGACCCAAUAUCAGUUUGGAACAAACAAACAGACAAACACACCCCCAGCACACCACAAGGAACAUCACUGAAACAGGACCCUCCCCACCCAAGCCUGAAAGAGUCCUGGCAGAAGACCUUGAAGUCCACAACCAUCAGAGGACAGGAACUCUCACUCUGGGAUCUCCUCUUCUCUCACUGUGUUCCAGAAGCCCAAAGAGAGGAGCUCUUAAAGAAGUACCAGUCGGGAAUCCUGAACACUCAAGAAAUGAUAGCCAUGCUGUCUGCCCUUCUCACAGAGACAGAGAGACGUCGUGGGAAAGAUACGGAAGGCACCAGCAGUCUGACCAGGGAAGGGAUUCAGUCCCAUGGAGAUGGUGCCACACCAUCCCCACGAGACGAGGAGCUGGAAAAAGCCUUACGCUUGGUGACCGUUGAUGUGCCUGUGGGCGAGUUCCAAGGCUCCAGGCUUUCAGCGUGGGAGCUUCUCUUCUCCAAAUACGUGACCGCAGACAAACGGCAAGAGCUCCUAGAGAAGUACCGAGCGGGAUCUGUGACUACAGAGGAGCUCGUCCGAGUCAUCACCAACCUCAUUGAGGAGAUGGAAGAGAAGAGCAACAAGCUGAAAUUCUCCGGGCUCAGGAGGCAGGUGACAGCCUCGGAGCUCUUCAAGUCCCAAAUCAUUGACCAGGACACGCUCUCUGAGCUCACGCAUGGCACCAAGACUGUGGAAGAGAUCACGGAAAGAGAUUCGGUGAAGCGAUACCUGGAAGGCACAAGCUGCAUUGCCGGAGUCCUCGUGCCCUCCAAGUCAGACCCUUCCAAGACAGAGAAGAUGACCAUCUACCAGGCCAUGUGGAAGGGCAUUUUGAGGCCGGGCACUGCCCUGGUCCUGCUGGAGGCACAGGCUGCCACUGGGUUCAUCACUGACCCUCUGAAGAAUGAGAAACUGUCUGUCGACGAAGCUGUCUCUGCUGAACUGGUGGGCGCCGAAUUGAAGGACAAACUUCUCUCUGCAGAGAGAGCCGUGACCGGAUACAACGACCCCUACACGGGGAACAAAAUCUCUCUAUUCCAGGGCAUGAAGAAAGGCCUCAUCGUCAAAGACCACGGCAUCCGCCUGCUGGAGGCUCAGAUUGCCACCGGGGGCAUCAUUGACCCCGUGCAGAGUCAUCGCCUCCCCGUGCAGGUAGCCUACCAGCGGGGCUACUUUGACGAGGAAAUGAACCAGAUCCUCUCAGACCCGACCGAUGACACCAAGGGCUUCUUUGACCCCAACACCCACGAGAACCUCACGUACAUGCAACUUCUGCACAGGUGCCUCCCUGAUCCCGAAACUGGCCUGCUGAUGCUUCACGUGAUGGACAAGGGCUCCAUUUCCAUCUACUUGAACGAGAGCACGAGGAAGGCUUUGCAGUCUGCCAAGACCAGGGUCGGCAUAGGCCUUUUUGAGGGCCAAGAAGUCUCCGUGUGGGACCUCCUCUUCUCCAGAUACAUCCCUCCGCAUAAGAGACAGGAGAUCCUGAGGCAGUACAAAGCUGGCACCAUAACCAUUGAGGAGAUCACCCAGACCCUCACUGCCAUCAUCACCGAGACAGAGGAAAGGAACUCCAAGCAAACUGGACACAAACACACCCCCAGCACACCACAAGGAACAUCACUGAAACAGGACCCUCCCCACCCAAGCCUGAAAGAGUCCUGGCAGAAGACCUUGAAGUCCACAACCAUCAGGGGACAGGAACUCUCACUCUGGGAUCUCCUCUUCUCUCACUGUGUUCCAGAAGCCCAAAGAGAGGAGCUCUUAAAGAAGUACCAGUCGGGAAUCCUGAACAUUCAGGAACUGAUAGCCAUGCUGUCCCCCUUUCUCACAGAGACAGAGAGACGUCGUGGCAAAGAUACGGAAGGUACCAACAGUCUGACCAGGGAAGGGACUCAGUCCAAAGGAGAUGGUGCCACACCAUCCCCACGAGACGAGGAGCUGGAAAAAGCCUUACGCUUGGUGACCGUUGAUGUGCCUGUGGGCGAGUUCCAAGGCUCCAGGCUUUCAGUGUGGGAGCUUCUCUUCUCCAAAUACGUGACCGCAGACAAACGGCAAGAGCAACUAGAGAAGUACCGAGCGGGAUCUGUGACUACAGAGGAGCUCGUCCGAGUCAUCACCAACCUCAUUGAGGAGAUGGAAGAGAAGAGCAACAAGCUGAAAUUCUCCGGGCUCAGGAGGCAGGUGACAGCCUCGGAGCUCUUCAAGUCCCAAAUCAUUGACCAGGACACGCUCUCUGAGCUCACGCAUGGCACCAAGACUGUGGAAGAGAUCACGGAAAGAGAUUCGGUGAAGCGAUACCUGGAAGGCACAAGCUGCAUUGCCGGAGUCCUCGUGCCCUCCAAGUCAGACCCUUCCAAGACAGAGAAGAUGACCAUCUAUCAGGCCAUGUGGAAGGGCAUUUUGAGGCCGGGCACUGCCCUGGUCCUGCUGGAGGCACAGGCUGCCACUGGGUUCAUCACUGACCCUAUGAAGAAUGAGAAACUGUCUGUCGACGAAGCUGUCUCUGCUGAACUGGUGGGCGCCGAAUUGAAGGACAAACUUCUCUCUGCAGAGAGAGCCGUGACCGGAUACAACGACCCCUACACGGGGAACAAGAUCUCUCUCUUCCAGGGCAUGAAGAAAGGCCUCAUCGUCAAAGACCACGGCAUCCGCCUGCUGGAGGCUCAGAUUGCCACCGGGGGCAUCAUUGACCCCGUGCAGAGUCAUCGCCUCCCCGUGCAGGUAGCCUACCAGCGGGGCUACUUUGACGAGGAAAUGAACCAGAUCCUCUCAGACCCGACCGAUGACACCAAGGGCUUCUUUGACCCCAACACCCACGAGAACCUCACGUACAUGCAACUUCUGCACAGGUGCCUCCCUGAUCCCGAAACUGGCCUGCUGAUGCUUCACGUGAUGGACAAGGGCUCCAUUUCCAUCUACUUGAACGAGAGCACGAGGAAGGCUUUGCAGUCUGCCAAGACCAGGGUUGGCAUAGGCCUUUUUGAGGGCCAAGAAGUCUCCGUGUGGGACCUCCUCUUCUCCAGAUACAUCCCUCCGCAUAAGAGACAGGAGAUCCUGAGGCAGUACAAAGCUGGCACCAUAACCAUUGAGGAGAUCACCCAGACCCUCACUGCCAUCAUCACCGAGACAGAGGAAAGGAACUCCAAGCAAACUGGACACAAACACACCCCCAGCACACCACAAGGAACAUCACUGAAACAGGACCCUCCCCACCCAAGCCUGAAAGAGUCCUGGCAGAAGACCUUGAAGUCCACAACCAUCAGAGGACAGGAACUCUCACUCUGGGAUCUCCUCUUCUCUCACUGUGUUCCAGAAGCCCAAAGAGAGGAGCUCUUAAAGAAGUACCAGUCGGGAAUCCUGAACACUCAAGAAAUGAUAGCCAUGCUGUCUGCCCUUCUCACAGAGACAGAGAGGUGUCGUGGGAAAGAUACGGAAGGCACCAGCAGUCUGACCAGGGAAGGGAUUCAGUCCCAUGGAGAUGGUGCCACACCAUCCCCACGAGACGAGGAGCUGGAAAAAGCCUUACGCUUGGUGACCGUUGAUGUGCCUGUGGGCGAGUUCCAAGGCUCCAGGCUUUCAGCGUGGGAGCUUCUCUUCUCCAAAUACGUGACCGCAGACAAACGGCAAGAGCUCCUAGAGAAGUACCGAGCGGGAUCUGUGACUACAGAGGAGCUCGUCCGAGUCAUCACCAACCUCAUUGAGGAGAUGGAAGAGAAGAGCAACAAGCUGAAAUUCUCCGGGCUCAGGAGGCAGGUGACAGCCUCGGAGCUCUUCAAGUCCCAAAUCAUUGACCAGGACACGCUCUCUGAGCUAACGCAUGGCACCAAGACUGUGGAAGAGAUCACGGAAAGAGAUUCGGUGAAGCGAUACCUGGAAGGCACAAGCUGCAUUGCCGGAGUCCUCGUACCCUCCAAGUCAGACCCUUCCAAGACAGAGAAGAUGACUAUCUACCAGGCCAUGUGGAAGGGCAUUUUGAGGCCGGGCACUGCCCUGGUCCUGCUGGAGGCACAGGCUGCCACUGGGUUCAUCACUGACCCUCUGAAGAAUGAGAAACUGUCUGUUGACGAAGCUGUCUCUGCCGAACUGGUGGGCGCCGAAUUGAAGGACAAACUUCUCUCUGCAGAGAGAGCCGUGACCGGAUACAACGACCCCUACACGGGGAACAAAAUCUCUCUCUUCCAGGGCAUGAAGAAAGGCCUCAUCGUCAAAGACCACGGCAUCCGCCUGCUGGAGGCUCAGAUUGCCACCGGGGGCAUCAUUGACCCCGUGCAGAGUCAUCGCCUCCCCGUGCAGGUAGCCUACCAGCGGGGCUACUUUGACGAGGAAAUGAACCAGAUCCUCUCAGACCCGACCGAUGACACCAAGGGCUUCUUUGACCCCAACACUCAAGAGAACCUCACGUACAUGCAACUUCUGCACAGGUGCCUCCCUGAUCCCGAAACUGGCCUGCUGAUGCUUCACGUGAUGGACAAGGGCUCCAUUUCCAUCUACUUGAACGAGAGCACGAGGAAGGCUUUGCAGUCUGCCAAGACCAGGGUCGGCAUAGGCCUUUUCGAGGGCCAAGAAGUCUCCGUGUGGGACCUCCUCUUCUCCAGAUACAUCCCUCCACAUAAGAGACAGGAGAUCCUGAGGCAGUACAAAGCUGGCACCAUAACCAUUGAGGAGAUCACCCAGACCCUCACUGCCAUCAUCACCGAGACAGAGGAAAGGAACUCCAAGCAAACUGGACACAAACACACCCCCAGCACACCACAAGGAACAUCACUGAAACAGGACCCUCCCCACCCAAGCCUGAAAGAGUCCUGGCAGAAGACCUUGAAGUCCACAACCAUCAGAGGACAGGAACUCUCACUCUGGGAUCUCCUCUUCUCUCACUGUGUUCCAGAAGCCCAAAGAGAGGAGCUCUUAAAGAAGUACCAGUCGGGAAUCCUGAACAUUCAGGAACUGAUAGCCAUGCUGUCCCCCUUUCUCACAGAGACAGAGAGACGUCGUGGCAAAGAUACGGAAGGUACCAACAGUCUGACCAGGGAAGGGACUCAGUCCAAAGGAGAUGGUGCCACACCAUCCCCACGAGACGAGGAGCUGGAAAAAGCCUUACGCUUGGUGACCGUUGAUGUGCCUGUGGGCGAGUUCCAAGGCUCCAGGCUUUCAGUGUGGGAGCUUCUCUUCUCCAAAUACGUGACCGCAGACAAACGGCAAGAGCUCCUAGAGAAGUACCGAGCGGGAUCUGUGACUACAGAGGAGCUCGUCCGAGUCAUCACCAACCUCAUUGAGGAGAUGGAAGAGAAGAGCAACAAGCUGAAAUUCUCCGGGCUCAGGAGGCAGGUGACAGCCUCGGAGCUCUUCAAGUCCCAAAUCAUUGACCAGGACACGCUCUCUGAGCUCACGCAUGGCACCAAGACUGUGGAAGAGAUCACGGAAAGAGAUUCGGUGAAGCGAUACCUGGAAGGCACAAGCUGCAUUGCCGGAGUCCUCGUGCCCUCCAAGUCAGACCCUUCCAAGACAGAGAAGAUGACCAUCUAUCAGGCCAUGUGGAAGGGCAUUUUGAGGCCGGGCACUGCCCUGGUCCUGCUGGAGGCACAGGCUGCCACUGGGUUCAUCAAUGACCCUAUGAAGAAUGAGAAACUGUCUGUCGACGAAGCUGUCUCUGCCGAACUGGUGGGCGCCGAAUUGAAGGACAAACUUCUCUCUGCAGAGAGAGCCGUGACCGGAUACAACGACCCCUACACGGGGAACAAAAUCUCUCUCUUCCAGGGCAUGAAGAAAGGCCUCAUCGUCAAAGACCACGGCAUCCGCCUGCUGGAGGCUCAGAUUGCCACCGGGGGCAUCAUUGACCCCGUGCAGAGUCAUCGCCUCCCCGUGCAGGUAGCCUACCAGCGGGGCUACUUUGACGAGGAAAUGAACCAGAUCCUCUCAGACCCGACCGAUGACACCAAGGGCUUCUUUGACCCCAACACCCACGAGAACCUCACGUACAUGCAACUUCUGCACAGGUGCCUCCCUGAUCCCGAAACUGGCCUGCUGAUGCUUCACGUGAUGGACAAGGGCUCCAUUUCCAUCUACUUGAACGAGAGCACGAGGAAGGCUUUGCAGUCUGCCAAGACCAGGGUCGGCAUAGGCCUUUUUGAGGGCCAAGAAGUCUCCGUGUGGGACCUCCUCUUCUCCAGAUACAUCCCUCCGCAUAAGAGACAGGAGAUCCUGAGGCAGUACAAAGCUGGCACCAUAAUCAUUGAGGAGAUCACCCAGACCCUCACUGCCAUCAUCACCGAGACAGAGGAAAGGAACUCCAAGCAAACUGGACACAAACACACCCCCAGCACACCACAAGGAACAUCACUGAAACAGGACCCUCCCCACCCAAGCCUGAAAGAGUCCUGGCAGAAGACAUUGAAGUCCACAACCAUCAGAGGACAGGAACUCUCACUCUGGGAUCUCCUCUUCUCUCACUGUGUUCCAGAAGCCCAAAGAGAGGAGCUCUUAAAGAAGUACCAGUCGGGAAUCCUGAACACUCAAGAAAUGAUAGCCAUGCUGUCUGCCCUUCUCACAGAGACAGAGAGGUGUCGUGGGAAAGAUACGGAAGGCACCAGCAGUCUGACCAGGGAAGGGAUUCAGUCCCAUGGAGAUGGUGCCACACCAUCCCCACGAGACGAGGAGCUGGAAAAAGCCUUACGCUUGGUGACCGUUGAUGUGCCUGUGGGCGAGUUCCAAGGCUCCAGGCUUUCAGCGUGGGAGCUUCUCUUCUCCAAAUACGUGACCGCAGACAAACGGCAAGAGCUCCUAGAGAAGUACCGAGCGGGAUCUGUGACUACAGAGGAGCUCGUCCGAGUCAUCACCAACCUCAUUGAGGAGAUGGAAGAGAAGAGCAACAAGCUGAAAUUCUCCGGGCUCAGGAGGCAGGUGACAGCCUCGGAGCUCUUCAAGUCCCAAAUCAUUGACCAGGACACGCUCUCUGAGCUAACGCAUGGCACCAAGACUGUGGAAGAGAUCACGGAAAGAGAUUCGGUGAAGCGAUACCUGGAAGGCACAAGCUGCAUUGCCGGAGUCCUCGUGCCCUCCAAGUCAGACCCUUCCAAGACAGAGAAGAUGACCAUCUACCAGGCCAUGUGGAAGGGCAUUUUGAGGCCGGGCACUGCCCUGGUCCUGCUGGAGGCACAGGCUGCCACUGGGUUCAUCACUGACCCUCUGAAGAAUGAGAAACUGUCUGUUGACGAAGCUGUCUCUGCCGAACUGGUGGGCGCCGAAUUGAAGGACAAACUUCUCUCUGCAGAGAGAGCCGUGACCGGAUACAACGACCCCUACACGGGGAACAAAAUCUCUCUCUUCCAGGGCAUGAAGAAAGGCCUCAUCGUCAAAGACCACGGCAUCCGCCUGCUGGAGGCUCAGAUUGCCACCGGGGGCAUCAUUGACCCCGUGCAGAGUCAUCGCCUCCCCGUGCAGGUAGCCUACCAGCGGGGCUACUUUGACGAGGAAAUGAACCAGAUCCUCUCAGACCCGACCGAUGACACCAAGGGCUUCUUUGACCCCAACACCCACGAGAACCUCACGUACAUGCAACUUCUGCACAGGUGCCUCCCUGAUCCCGAAACUGGCCUGCUGAUGCUUCACGUGAUGGACAAGGGCUCCAUUUCCAUCUACUUGAACGAGAGCACGAGGAAGGCUUUGCAGUCUGCCAAGACCAGGGUUGGCAUAGGCCUUUUUGAGGGCCAAGAAGUCUCCGUGUGGGACCUCCUCUUCUCCAGAUACAUCCCUCCGCAUAAGAGACAGGAGAUCCUGAGGCAGUACAAAGCUGGCACCAUAACCAUUGAGGAGAUCACCCAGACCCUCACUGCCAUCAUCACCGAGACAGAGGAAAGGAACUCCAAGCAAACUGGACACAAACACACCCCCAGCACACCACAAGGAACAUCACUGAAACAGGACCCUCCCCACCCAAGCCUGAAAGAGUCCUGGCAGAAGACCUUGAAGUCCACAACCAUCAGAGGACAGGAACUCUCACUCUGGGAUCUCCUCUUCUCUCACUGUGUUCCAGAAGCCCAAAGAGAGGAGCUCUUAAAGAAGUACCAGUCGGGAAUCCUGAACACUCAAGAAAUGAUAGCCAUGCUGUCUGCCCUUCUCACAGAGACAGAGAGGUGUCGUGGGAAAGAUACGGAAGGCACCAGCAGUCUGACCAGGGAAGGGAUUCAGUCCCAUGGAGAUGGUGCCACACCAUCCCCACGAGACGAGGAGCUGGAAAAAGCCUUACGCUUGGUGACCGUUGAUGUGCCUGUGGGCGAGUUCCAAGGCUCCAGGCUUUCAGCGUGGGAGCUUCUCUUCUCCAAAUACGUGACCGCAGACAAACGGCAAGAGCUCCUAGAGAAGUACCGAGCGGGAUCUGUGACUACAGAGGAGCUCGUCCGAGUCAUCACCAACCUCAUUGAGGAGAUGGAAGAGAAGAGCAACAAGCUGAAAUUCUCCGGGCUCAGGAGGCAGGUGACAGCCUCGGAGCUCUUCAAGUCCCAAAUCAUUGACCAGGACACGCUCUCUGAGCUCACGCAUGGCACCAAGACUGUGGAAGAGAUCACGGAAAGAGAUUCGGUGAAGCGAUACCUGGAAGGCACAAGCUGCAUUGCCGGAGUCCUCGUGCCCUCCAAGUCAGACCCUUCCAAGACAGAGAAGAUGACCAUCUACCAGGCCAUGUGGAAGGGCAUUUUGAGGCCGGGCACUGCCCUGGUCCUGCUGGAGGCACAGGCUGCCACUGGGUUCAUCACUGACCCUCUGAAGAAUGAGAAACUGUCUGUUGACGAAGCUGUCUCUGCCGAACUGGUGGGCGCCGAAUUGAAGGACAAACUUCUCUCUGCAGAGAGAGCCGUGAUCGGAUACAACGACCCCUACACGGGGAACAAAAUCUCUCUCUUCCAGGGCAUGAAGAAAGGCCUCAUCGUCAAAGACCACGGCAUCCGCCUGCUGGAGGCUCAGAUUGCCACCGGGGGCAUCAUUGACCCCGUGCAGAGUCAUCGCCUCCCCGUGCAGGUAGCCUACCAGCGGGGCUACUUUGACGAGGAAAUGAACCAGAUCCUCUCAGACCCGACCGAUGACACCAAGGGCUUCUUUGACCCCAACACCCACGAGAACCUCACGUACAUGCAACUUCUGCACAGGUGCCUCCCUGAUCCCGAAACUGGCCUGCUGAUGCUUCACGUGAUGGACAAGGGCUCCAUUUCCAUCUACUUGAACGAGAGCACGAGGAAGGCUUUGCAGUCUGCCAAGACCAGGGUUGGCAUAGGCCUUUUCGAGGGCCAAGAAGUCUCCGUGUGGGACCUCCUCUUCUCCAGAUACAUCCCUCCGCAUAAGAGACAGGAGAUCCUGAGGCAGUACAAAGCUGGCACCAUAACCAUUGAGGAGAUCACCCAGACCCUCACUGCCAUCAUCACCGAGACAGAGGAAAGGAACUCCAAGCAAACUGGACACAAACACACCCCCAGCACACCACAAGGAACAUCACUGAAACAGGACCCUCCCCACCCAAGCCUGAAAGAGUCCUGGCAGAAGACCUUGAAGUCCACAACCAUCAGAGGACAGGAACUCUCACUCUGGGAUCUCCUCUUCUCUCACUGUGUUCCAGAAGCCCAAAGAGAGGAGCUCUUAAAGAAGUACCAGUCGGGAAUCCUGAACACUCAAGAAAUGAUAGCCAUGCUGUCUGCCCUUCUCACAGAGACAGAGAGGUGUCGUGGGAAAGAUACGGAAGGCACCAGCAGUCUGACCAGGGAAGGGAUUCAGUCCCAUGGAGAUGGUGCCACACCAUCCCCACGAGACGAGGAGCUGGAAAAAGCCUUACGCUUGGUGACCGUUGAUGUGCCUGUGGGCGAGUUCCAAGGCUCCAGGCUUUCAGCGUGGGAGCUUCUCUUCUCCAAAUACGUGACCGCAGACAAACGGCAAGAGCUCCUAGAGAAGUACCGAGCGGGAUGUGUGACUACAGAGGAGCUCGUCCGAGUCAUCACCAACCUCAUUGAGGAGAUGGAAGAGAAGAGCAACAAGCUGAAAUUCUCCGGGCUCAGGAGGCAGGUGACAGCCUCGGAGCUCUUCAAGUCCCAAAUCAUUGACCAGGACACGCUCUCUGAGCUCACGCAUGGCACCAAGACUGUGGAAGAGAUCACGGAAAGAGAUUCGGUGAAGCGAUACCUGGAAGGCACAAGCUGCAUUGCCGGAGUCCUCGUGCCCUCCAAGUCAGACCCUUCCAAGACAGAGAAGAUGACCAUCUACCAGGCCAUGUGGAAGGGCAUUUUGAGGCCGGGCACUGCCCUGGUCCUGCUGGAGGCACAGGCUGCCACUGGGUUCAUCACUGACCCUCUGAAGAAUGAGAAACUGUCUGUUGACGAAGCUGUCUCUGCCGAACUGGUGGGCGCCGAAUUGAAGGACAAACUUCUCUCUGCAGAGAGAGCCGUGACCGGAUACAACGACCCCUACACGGGGAACAAAAUCUCUCUCUUCCAGGGCAUGAAGAAAGGCCUCAUCGUCAAAGACCACGGCAUCCGCCUGCUGGAGGCUCAGAUUGCCACCGGGGGCAUCAUUGACCCCGUGCAGAGUCAUCGCCUCCCCGUGCAGGUAGCCUACCAGCGGGGCUACUUUGACGAGGAAAUGAACCAGAUCCUCUCAGACCCGACCGAUGACACCAAGGGCUUCUUUGACCCCAACACCCACGAGAACCUCACGUACAUGCAACUUCUGCACAGGUGCCUCCCUGAUCCCGAAACUGGCCUGCUGAUGCUUCACGUGAUGGACAAGGGCUCCAUUUCCAUCUACUUGAACGAGAGCACGAGGAAGGCUUUGCAGUCUGCCAAGACCAGGGUUGGCAUAGGCCUUUUCGAGGGCCAAGAAGUCUCCGUGUGGGACCUCCUCUUCUCCAGAUACAUCCCUCCGCAUAAGAGACAGGAGAUCCUGAGGCAGUACAAAGCUGGCACCAUAACCAUUGAGGAGAUCACCCAGACCCUCACUGCCAUCAUCACUGAGACAGAGGAAAGGAACUCCAAGCAAACUGGACACAAACACACCCCCAGCACACCACAAGGAACAUCACUGAAACAGGACCCUCCCCACCCAAGCCUGAAAGAGUCCUGGCAGAAGACCUUGAAGUCCACAACCAUCAGAGGACAGGAACUCUCACUCUGGGAUCUCCUCUUCUCUCACUGUGUUCCAGAAGCCCAAAGAGAGGAGCUCUUAAAGAAGUACCAGUCGGGAAUCCUGAACAUUCAGGAACUGAUAGCCAUGCUGUCCCCCUUUCUCACAGAGACAGAGAGACGUCGUGGCAAAGAUACGGAAGGUACCAACAGUCUGACCAGGGAAGGGACUCAGUCCAAAGGAGAUGGUGCCACACCAUCCCCACGAGACGAGGAGCUGGAAAAAGCCUUACGCUUGGUGACCGUUGAUGUGCCUGUGGGCGAGUUCCAAGGCUCCAGGCUUUCAGUGUGGGAGCUUCUCUUCUCCAAAUACGUGACCACAGACAAACGGCAAGAGCUCCUAGAGAAGUACCGAGCGGGAUCUGUGACUACAGAGGAGCUCGUCCGAGUCAUCACCAACCUCAUUGAGGAGAUGGAAGAGAAGAGCAACAAGCUGAAAUUCUCCGGGCUCAGGAGGCAGGUGACAGCCUCGGAGCUCUUCAAGUCCCAAAUCAUUGACCAGGACACGCUCUCUGAGCUCACGCAUGGCACCAAGACUGUGGAAGAGAUCACGGAAAGAGAUUCGGUGAAGCGAUACCUGGAAGGCACAAGCUGCAUUGCCGGAGUCCUCGUGCCCUCCAAGUCAGACCCUUCCAAGACAGAGAAGAUGACCAUCUACCAGGCCAUGUGGAAGGGCAUUUUGAGGCCGGGCACUGCCCUGGUCCUGCUGGAGGCACAGGCUGCCACUGGGUUCAUCACUGACCCUCUGAAGAAUGAGAAACUGUCUGUCGACGAAGCUGUCUCUGCCGAACUGGUGGGCGCCGAAUUGAAGGACAAACUUCUCUCUGCAGAGAGAGCCGUGACCGGAUACAACGACCCCUACACGGGGAACAAAAUCUCUCUCUUCCAGGGCAUGAAGAAAGGCCUCAUCGUCAAAGACCACGGCAUCCGCCUGCUGGAGGCUCAGAUUGCCACCGGGGGCAUCAUUGACCCCGUGCAGAGUCAUCGCCUCCCCGUGCAGGUAGCCUACCAGCGGGGCUACUUUGACGAGGAAAUGAACCAGAUCCUCUCAGACCCGACCGAUGACACCAAGGGCUUCUUUGACCCCAACACCCACGAGAACCUCACGUACGUGCAGCUUCUGCACAGGUGCCUCCCUGAUCCCGAAACUGGCCUGCUGAUGCUUCACGUGAUGGACAAGGGCUCCAUUUCCAUCUACUUGAACGAGAGCACGAGGAAGGCUUUGCAGUCUGCCAAGACCAGGGUUGGCAUAGGCCUUUUCGAGGGCCAAGAAGUCUCCGUGUGGGACCUCCUCUUCUCCAGAUACAUCCCUCCGCAUAAGAGACAGGAGAUCCUGAGGCAGUACAAAGCUGGCACCAUAACCAUUGAGGAGAUCACCCAGACCCUCACUGCCAUCAUCACCGAGACAGAGGAAAGGAACUCCAAGCAAACUGGACACAAACACACCCCCAGCACACCACAAGGAACAUCACUGAAACAGGACCCUCCCCACCCAAGCCUGAAAGAGUCCUGGCAGAAGACCUUGAAGUCCACAACCAUCAGAGGACAGGAACUCUCACUCUGGGAUCUCCUCUUCUCUCACUGUGUUCCAGAAGCCCAAAGAGAGGAGCUCUUAAAGAAGUACCAGUCGGGAAUCCUGAACAUUCAGGAACUGAUAGCCAUGCUGUCCCCCUUUCUCACAGAGACAGAGAGACGUCGUGGCAAAGAUACGGAAGGUACCAACAGUCUGACCAGGGAAGGGACUCAGUCCAAAGGAGAUGGUGCCACACCAUCCCCACGAGACGAGGAGCUGGAAAAAGCCUUACGCUUGGUGACCGUUGAUGUGCCUGUGGGCGAGUUCCAAGGCUCCAGGCUUUCAGUGUGGGAGCUUCUCUUCUCCAAAUACGUGACCGCAGACAAACGGCAAGAGCUCCUAGAGAAGUACCGAGCGGGAUCUGUGACUACAGAGGAGCUCGUCCGAGUCAUCACCAACCUCAUUGAGGAGAUGGAAGAGAAGAGCAACAAGCUGAAAUUCUCCGGGCUCAGGAGGCAGGUGACAGCCUCGGAGCUCUUCAAGUCCCAAAUCAUUGACCAGGACACGCUCUCUGAGCUCACGCAUGGCACCAAGACUGUGGAAGAGAUCACGGAAAGAGAUUCGGUGAAGCGAUACCUGGAAGGCACAAGCUGCAUUGCCGGAGUCCUCGUGCCCUCCAAGUCAGACCCUUCCAAGACAGAGAAGAUGACCAUCUACCAGGCCAUGUGGAAGGGCAUUUUGAGGCCGGGCACUGCCCUGGUCCUGCUGGAGGCACAGGCUGCCACUGGGUUCAUCACUGACCCUCUGAAGAAUGAGAAACUGUCUGUCGACGAAGCUGUCUCUGCCGAACUGGUGGGCGCCGAAUUGAAGGACAAACUUCUCUCUGCAGAGAGAGCCGUGACCGGAUACAACGACCCCUACACAGGGGACAAAAUCUCUCUCUUCCAGGGCAUGAAGAAAGGCCUCAUCGUCAAAGACCACGGCAUCCGCCUGCUGGAGGCUCAGAUUGCCACCGGGGGCAUCAUUGACCCCGUGCAGAGUCAUCGCCUCCCCGUGCAGGUAGCCUACCAGCGGGGCUACUUUGACGAGGAAAUGAACCAGAUCCUCUCAGACCCGACCGAUGACACCAAGGGCUUCUUUGACCCCAACACCCACGAGAACCUCACGUACGUGCAGCUUCUGCACAGGUGCCUCCCUGAUCCCGAAACUGGCCUGCUGAUGCUUCACGUGAUGGACAAGGGCUCCAUUUCCAUCUACUUGAACGAGAGCACGAGGAAGGCUUUGCAGUCUGCCAAGACCAGGGUUGGCAUAGGCCUUUUUGAGGGCCAAGAAGUCUCCGUGUGGGACCUCCUCUUCUCCAGAUACAUCCCUCCGCAUAAGAGACAGGAGAUCCUGAGGCAGUACAAAGCUGGCACCAUAACCAUUGAGGAGAUCACCCAGACCCUCACUGCCAUCAUCACCGAGACAGAGGAAAGGAACUCCAAGCAAACUGGACACAAACACACCCCCAGCACACCACAAGGAACAUCACUGAAACAGGACCCUCCCCACCCAAGCCUGAAAGAGUCCUGGCAGAAGACCUUGAAGUCCACAACCAUCAGAGGACAGGAACUCUCACUCUGGGAUCUCCUCUUCUCUCACUGUGUUCCAGAAGCCCAAAGAGAGGAGCUCUUAAAGAAGUACCAGUCGGGAAUCCUGAACAUUCAGGAACUGAUAGCCAUGCUGUCCCCCUUUCUCACAGAGACAGAGAGACGUCGUGGCAAAGAUACGGAAGGUACCAACAGUCUGACCAGGGAAGGGACUCAGUCCAAAAGAGAUGGUGCCACACCAUCCCCACGAGACGAGGAGCUGGAAAAAGCCUUACGCUUGGUGACCGUUGAUGUGCCUGUGGGCGAGUUCCAAGGCUCCAGGCUUUCAGUGUGGGAGCUUCUCUUCUCCAAAUACGUGACCGCAGACAAACGGCAAGAGCUCCUAGAGAAGUACCGAGCGGGAUCUGUGACUACAGAGGAGCUCGUCCGAGUCAUCACCAACCUCAUUGAGGAGAUGGAAGAGAAGAGCAACAAGCUGAAAUUCUCCGGGCUCAGGAGGCAGGUGACAGCCUCGGAGCUCUUCAAGUCCCAAAUCAUUGACCAGGACACGCUCUCUGAGCUCACGCAUGGCACCAAGACUGUGGAAGAGAUCACGGAAAGAGAUUCGGUGAAGCGAUACCUGGAAGGCACAAGCUGCAUUGCCGGAGUCCUCGUGCCCUCCAAGUCAGACCCUUCCAAGACAGAGAAGAUGACCAUCUACCAGGCCAUGUGGAAGGGCAUUUUGAGGCCGGGCACUGCCCUGGUCCUGCUGGAGGCACAGGCUGCCACUGGGUUCAUCACUGACCCUCUGAAGAAUGAGAAACUGUCUGUCGACGAAGCUGUCUCUGCCGAACUGGUGGGCGCCGAAUUGAAGGACAAACUUCUCUCUGCAGAGAGAGCCGUGACCGGAUACAACGACCCCUACACAGGGGACAAAAUCUCUCUCUUCCAGGGCAUGAAGAAAGGCCUCAUCGUCAAAGACCACGGCAUCCGCCUGCUGGAGGCUCAGAUUGCCACCGGGGGCAUCAUUGACCCCGUGCAGAGUCAUCGCCUCCCCGUGCAGGUAGCCUACCAGCGGGGCUACUUUGACGAGGAAAUGAACCAGAUCCUCUCAGACCCGACCGAUGACACCAAGGGCUUCUUUGACCCCAACACCCACGAGAACCUCACGUACGUGCAGCUUCUGCACAGGUGCCUCCCUGAUCCCGAAACUGGCCUGCUGAUGCUUCACGUGAUGGACAAGGGCUCCAUUUCCAUCUACUUGAACGAGAGCACGAGGAAGGCUUUGCAGUCUGCCAAGACCAGGGUUGGCAUAGGCCUUUUUGAGGGCCAAGAAGUCUCCGUGUGGGACCUCCUCUUCUCCAGAUACAUCCCUCCGCAUAAGAGACAGGAGAUCCUGAGGCAGUACAAAGCUGGCACCAUAACCAUUGAGGAGAUCACCCAGACCCUCACUGCCAUCAUCACCGAGACAGAGGAAAGGAACUCCAAGCAAACUGGACACAAACACACCCCCAGCACACCACAAGGAACAUCACUGAAACAGGACCCUCCCCACCCAAGCCUGAAAGAGUCCUGGCAGAAGACCUUGAAGUCCACAACCAUCAGAGGACAGGAACUCUCACUCUGGGAUCUCCUCUUCUCUCACUGUGUUCCAGAAGCCCAAAGAGAGGAGCUCUUAAAGAAGUACCAGUCGGGAAUCCUGAACAUUCAGGAACUGAUAGCCAUGCUGUCCCCCUUUCUCACAGAGACAGAGAGACGUCGUGGCAAAGAUACGGAAGGUACCAACAGUCUGACCAGGGAAGGGACUCAGUCCAAAAGAGAUGGUGCCACACCAUCCCCACGAGACGAGGAGCUGGAAAAAGCCUUACGCUUGGUGACCGUUGAUGUGCCUGUGGGCGAGUUCCAAGGCUCCAGGCUUUCAGUGUGGGAGCUUCUCUUCUCCAAAUACGUGACCGCAGACAAACGGCAAGAGCUCCUAGAGAAGUACCGAGCGGGAUCUGUGACUACAGAGGAGCUCGUCCGAGUCAUCACCAACCUCAUUGAGGAGAUGGAAGAGAAGAGCAACAAGCUGAAAUUCUCCGGGCUCAGGAGGCAGGUGACAGCCUCGGAGCUCUUCAAGUCCCAAAUCAUUGACCAGGACACGCUCUCUGAGCUCACACAUGGCACCAAGACUGUGGAAGAGAUCACGGAAAGAGAUUCGGUGAAGCGAUACCUGGAAGGCACAAGCUGCAUUGCCGGAGUCCUCGUGCCCUCCAAGUCAGACCCUUCCAAGACAGAGAAGAUGACCAUCUACCAGGCCAUGUGGAAGGGCAUUUUGAGGCCGGGCACUGCCCUGGUCCUGCUGGAGGCACAGGCUGCCACUGGGUUCAUCACUGACCCUCUGAAGAAUGAAAAACUGUCUGUCGACGAAGCUGUCUCUGCUGAACUGGUGGGCGCCGAAUUGAAGGACAAACUUCUCUCUGCAGAGAGAGCCGUGACUGGAUACAACGACCCCUACACGGGGAACAAAAUCUCUCUCUUCCAGGGCAUGAAGAAAGGUCUCAUCGUCAAAGACCACGGCAUCCGCCUGCUGGAGGCUCAGAUUGCCACCGGGGGCAUCAUUGACCCCGUGCAGAGUCAUCGCCUCCCCGUGCAGGUAGCCUACCAGCGGGGCUACUUUGACGAGGAAAUGAACCAGAUCCUCUCAGACCCGACCGAUGACACCAAGGGCUUCUUUGACCCCAACACCCACGAGAACCUCACGUACGUGCAGCUUCUGCACAGGUGCCUCCCUGAUCCCAAAACUGGCCUGCUGAUGCUUCACGUGAUGGACAAGGGCUCCAUUUCCAUCUACUUGAACGAGAGCACGAGGAAGGCUUUGCAGUCUGCCAAGACCAGGGUCGGCAUAGGCCUUUUCGAGGGCCAAGAAGUCUCCGUGUGGGACCUCCUCUUCUCCAGAUACAUCCCUCCGCAUAAGAGACAGGAGAUCCUGAGGCAGUACAAAGCUGGCACCAUAACCAUUGAGGAGAUCACCCAGACCCUCACUGCCAUCAUCACCGAGACAGAGGAAAGGAACUCCAAGCAAGGAAGUCUCCCUCUGGCAUCUCCUCUUCUCUCAUUGUGUUCCGGAAGCCCAAACAGAGGAGCUCUUAAAGAAGUACCAGUCGGGAAUCCUGACACAAGCUGCCCUGAUGAUGUUACACCUGCGAAAGAGGAGGAGGAUGAGGAUGCGUUAGAGCUAGGAGAAAAGGAAAAGGCUCUGAAGUCCCGGAUGGUUGAAUUCAGCUCAGGCGAAUUCCGUGGACGGAAGGUUUCCUUGUGGGAAGUGCUCCACUCCAAGUACAUCCCUGAUGAGAAGCAGAAGGAGCUGCUGCAGCUGUACAAGUCUGGCAUCCUCACCAUUGACCAAAUGGAAACUGUAGUCACCACCAUUGUCAACAAAACAGAGGAGGAGAAAACGAAGGAAGCAUCCCACGCCCACCCACACCCGGGCCACUGGGAGGAGCCCUUGCAGAAUCACACCAUGGUCCUGCAUGUUGGUGAGUUCCAAGGACAGGAAGUCUCCCUCUGGGAUCUCCUCUUCUCUAAGUACAUCUCAGAGGGUAAAAGGCAAGAACUCCUAUGCAUUUACAGAAACUGUCAAUUAACUCCUGAGGAACUUGCAGCCAUCCUUUCUACUCUUAUUAAUGAAAUGGCAGAAGAAAGUAGUGAAUAUUCAGCACAUGGUCUAGCAUGUGCUGGUCUAGCUUCAUUUGAGAAAGAAGAGGAGGAUGCUCUGGAGGGGGAGAGAAAGAAAAAUGCCCUGAGGUCCCGGAUGGUUGAAUUCAGCUCAGGCGAAUUCCGUGGACGGAAGGUUUCCUUGUGGGAAGUGCUCCACUCCAAGUACAUCCCUGAGGAGAAGCGGAAGGAGCUGCUGCAGCUGUACAAGUCUGGCAUCCUCACCAUUGACCAAAUGGAAACCGUAGUCACCACCAUAGUCAACAAAACGGAGGAGUUGCAGGAAAGGGCUUCACACGCCAGCACGGACUCAGGUGGGCAGAAGGAACUUGAAGCUCCACAGUCCUCCCACUAUGACCUUCUGCAGCACACUUUGCGUCUGGAAAAUAUUGAUGCAACCAUCCAAGACGUCCAAGGACAGAAGGCUUCUGUUUGGGAUCCUUUCUUUUCAAGGUUUGUCUCUAAUAUCAGGAGAGAGGAGAUUCUACACGGACAUGGAGCACCAGCUAUAAAUGUUAAAGAAAGUAUUAGAAGCAUUACUACUGUUAUUACACACACUGAAGAGGGAAGUAGCACAUCAAGCAGAAGAGGGGAAUUUACCAGGGAACACAGAAUAUGCCCAGGAGCACCCAAGGCUUCUCAAGCAGAAGACCAAGACGAAAAGGAGAAAGCUUUGAAAUCUAGACUGACAAAUAUAUCUGCUGGUGGGUUCCAUGAGGAACAGGUUUCAGUGUGGGAUCUUCUUCAUUCUCAAUAUAUCCCUGAGGAGAAGCGGAAGGAGCUGCUGCAGCUGUACAAGUCUGGCAUCCUCACCAUUGACCAAAUGGAAACCAUAGUCACCACCAUAGUCAACAAAACGGAGGAGGAGAAAAUGAAUGAAUUGGGAUGUGUUAAGAGUCAAAGACAAGAGGCAAGAUCAUCAGAAAAUGGUCAACACGGUUGCUUCUCUCCUUCCUUCUCUUUGGAAAGCAUGCUACGGUCUGAGAGUUUUGUGGUACCAGUUGGUGAGUUCCAAGGGCAGAUGGUGUCUUGCUGGGAUCUUCUCUUCUCAAAAUAUAUCUCAGAAGAGAAGAAGCAGGAACUAAUAAACAAAUUCGAGGCAAAAGCCCUCUCUGUUCAGGAACUGAUAGGCAUUCUCACCAACAUCAUCACAGAAACAGAAGUGCAUAGCAAAGAUCAGCUAGCAAGCUCAGAGGGUGGCCUAGUGGAGAAAUGUGAAGAUUCACAUGUGCAGCAGCAGCAACUGAGAAAAUCCCUGAGGACAACUAUGGUCCAUGUGGCUGUGGGAGAGUAUAAGGGGCAGAAAGUGUGUGUGCUGGACCUUCUGUUUUCUAAAUAUGUCCCUCAAGAUAAGAGGCAAGAGCUCCUUGAAUUGCACAGAGCAGGGACAUUGCCCAUUCAAGAAAUGAUAACAAUGAUCACCGCCAUGAUUGAUGAGGUAGAAAGCAAACGUGGGAAGCCUAACACAAAGAAGAAGUCAUCCUGCAAAAAGGGGAAAGUAUGUUGGAAGGACCAGGGUGCCCACUCAUAACAAAUUGAGCAACUGGAGCCUGGAGCUCCAAUCAAACCUUCUCUGAUCCCACAAGAGCACCAAAAGCUAUUUUUCUCCCUUCCAGCAUCCAUCGUUACCCAAAAUUCUUCUUCAAACAUGCACCAAGGACAGGUCCUGGGCUGAGUCAUUUUCAGUAGGAAGCUGUUUAUCUGCUGUCUCCUUCUGAGAGAGUUCUUAAUGCUCCUGUUUCCUCCCCCUGCCCUGAUGCUGCUUUGCCCGGGGUGUGUGUGUGUGUGCGGCACAAUCUUGUUUCAAGCUUCUGGACUCCAUCCCUGGAUUGUCAGUGAUAACUUCCUUAGUGAAAGUCUGAAAGAUGUUCUGCUCAGACACCACUCUCCCAAGCGUGGCAAAUGCCUCAGUGGUUUUCUAGGAAUGGCCUGAAAAGGGGGGGGGGAUGAAGUUAGUGUCAGUGACUUCAAGCAAUCCUGCAUGAUACAGAAGAGUCUCCUUCCUCAUAGCUGGUACCUUCUUGAGGAUUGCACACACUGUGUAUGUCCAAGGACAAGAGUGGAUUAUGACACUGUUUAUCAGGAGUUGCACUUCCUGCCUUGAUGAGAUGAUGACUAUGUGGUAACCUGGUCUGUGUAUCCCAGUUCCCACUGAAGACUAACGUGGGCCAGGAGGGGUUUGGAUUCCCACCUCCAUUUGUUUAUUGACAGGCUUCUUCUUUGCUGUAGCUUGUGGGAUCCUGCAGGGAACAGAGGAAACCUGGCUUCCAUUCUCAUUGAGCUUUGUUUAUUCAAAUCUUAGGAUUGCAGCACAUGCCCUGGAAAUAUAGCAGGUGGAUUGAAACUUUGCCUCCCAAAGGCCCCUCCAUUCUGUGAUGGGUCAAAUAGCUGAUGCCACCCCAAGCCCUGCAUGUACAUGUUAUACAUCUGAAAAGGACAGCCACAUCCCAUUAGGAGAAUGUUACAGAGCAACUACUCAGCUUGACUAUUUCUGCUAAAAAUGUAUUUUAUUAAACCUUAACCUCUAAAAAGGA